AAUCAUGCAGAGGUCGCUAAUGAGCUGCUGUUGAUUAAUGAGAAGGCUUGAUGAGUGUGAGUCACAUCUGCAGAGAGGAAACGAAUGCAUGGCUUCAGUUCAGGAUAAAGUUGCUGCAUUAAAUAUUGUAGGGAAAUUAUACAGUCCCCUCAACCGACCCCUUGAUCAUAGAUUGCUCAACAAACAUCAAGAUGUACAAACCAACAAGGUUCAAAACAAAGAAAUCUGGAGCCACAUCAUCGCUGCUCUACAAGCCCAAGUGAAGGUCAAGAAACACAGGCAACAUCUGAAAUCUCAUGAUAACUGCUUUCUGGGCUCUGAUGCAGUGGAUGUUAUUCAGGAUUAUCUGACCCAGAAUAAGGUUUUUGGAGAUGCCCAGGCCUCCAGAGCCACGGUGUCACGACUGUGCCAGGUGCUGCUGGACUGUAAGGUGUUUGAGGCGGUGGGAGCCAAAGUUUUGGGGAAGACCAGUAAAACAGGAGGCUUCCAGGACAGCAGCAGCAGCCUCUACAGAUUCCUGAAGGAUCCGUCCCUGGAUGUGUUGGAAAUGGCGCUCUUCCCACCAAGUGAAGAGAGCCUGAUGAACAUCACACCAUGCAGGCAGGACAUCCUGUUAUUCUCCCAUAGUACACCUGUGAAACCAGACCACGUGUUGGAUCGUCUCAUGGAGAAGCUGGACUUGACCGGACUUGCCGGUUCUCCUCCCACUGAUUGUCUUCCUCCAUCUGUGGUCAGAGAAGUGUGGCAGGAGCAGACCAUACGGAGGUUGUCUCAGCUGAUAGAUCUCCCCCUGCUGGAGGGAGUGCUGAACUGCUCAAAGAUUGUUUCUCCCCCAUCUCGUGGCAGUAAUAAUGCCCCUGACCUGCUCUACACCAGCAACUACCUCGACCGAGAGGUUCUCAAAGCCUUCAAAGAAUCACAAGCUGAUGUUUGGCUGUCAGCAGCCAUCGACCUGCUGGAUUUCCUUCCGGAUCAGCUUGUGGUGGAGGAACUCAAACUCAAGUUGUGA